AUGGGGAGGGCUAGACAGCGAUUUCCUGGCUUUGAGCAGAGCGGCGGUAUUUGGAUCACACUGGAUCCCGGGCAGCCCGACGCUUAUGACGGGGCGCUGCAGCUAGCGCAGAGAACUGGAGUCGAUGUCUUGGUGAAUAACGCAGGCUUUGCAUUCAUCGGGGGCGUAGAAGAUACAAGCGAGGAGGAAGUGCGCUCUCAAAAGGAGGUCAAUGUUUACGCACCCCUCCGUGUCGUUCGGACCAUUCUUCCUCAAAUGCGCCAGAGGCGAGCAGGGGAAGUUGUGCUUAUCAGUAGUGACGCUGGGUUCAUCGCAAGACCAGGUCGAGGUACCUACUCAGCCAGCAAAUUUGCAAUCGAAGCGAUUCAUGAAUCACUAUCCCAUGAGGUCCAAAAGUUUGGAAUUCGAGUAUUGAUCGUGGCGCCGGGUGCAUUUGGCACAUCUUUUGCGUCCCGAAUUGUCAUCCUUUCCAAGUAUCAGAAGAGCGGAGGUUACAGUGAAGACUAUCAAGGAACCAGUGUCCAGCAGAUGGUUGAUAUGUCGGUCAAAGAGUGA